CUUUGUGCUUGGUCAAAACAAAAACUGUGGUGCUUCUCGACCACAUGUUGACACAAGCUCAAAGUGUGUGACAGUUCUUACUUUGUGUAGAGUCUAAGCAAACACAUUGCUUAACCUUCGCGUCAUACAUUCGUGUGUCAUCACUGCGUUCUCCUUAUCAUCAGGUGAGGGAGUCAAUGUGUGUCCAAAGACUGCCCAUAAGGAACUGGUUGCCAAGGAGACAGCAGCAAGAAAAAUGAUGGUCCUUGCAAAGCAAACCAAUUUACCUCAGUGACGUAGAAGAAGAGCAACCAGCAUCAGUGGUGUAUGUGCGUAUGUGUCGAGGUUCACAAGAUAAUUUAAUUUACACCAUUCAUGUAGCCCUCUAAAUACAGAUGUGUGCACCUCAUGCAAGCUUUAUCAGAAAUCUGACAGGCAGGGAAAAAUGCAGUUCACUUUACAUAAUGUUAUCAAAAUUGCCAUCCUUGGCACCACACUCCCCUAGUGACAAUGAAAGAGGGCAACCAUAUCUAUGUAGCCAUUGGCCAAUGAGCACUCUUGUUCUAACUCCUUAUUGGCUAGCUCCUUCAAUCACAUUACACCAAUGAGGCUUCUUGUAUCCAUGAGAAUGAAGCUUGUAGAGUUAUUUAAAUCUAACCAGAGCCAAAAGAUGGCUCAUAUGUGCAUUUUACUUCAUGAGGAGCUGAGAAACAUAGGACGUUUUAUAGUGUGUUAGACAAACCAUAUCAGUCUUUCUUGCAGAGUAGUUUUAAAAUAACCAGCUAAACAACGUGAGAGGAUAAUUUCAACAAUGCAUUUCCUUAUUCCGUCAUAAAUGUGGAUUUGCUUAUGAAAAUUAGACAGUCUGCAGAAACAUGUCAGAUCAUGUCAUGAUCUAGGAUGUUUGAAGUCUCAGAUAUACAAUUUAACGAAUGAGUAGACAGAUUCUCAGAAGACUUAAAUGGGAGGACAAGCUCUGUGGGAAAUGACUAUGGUAAAACCACAACAGACAAAAUAGAUGUCUCAGUUACAAAAGACAAGCACGUUAUCCAUUUGCAUAAUGCCCUCUGUUAAAGUUACAUCAAGGAAUUUGAGAUAUUUCUGAUGAUACAGUCUCAUUUGAACAAGCUACAAAUUUGUAGCUUUAAAUUCCUCUUUUAUUUGUCAUUCUGGGUAGGUAAGUAUCAGCUCGUCUGUUACCUCUCGUGGGUGAUUACGUGUCGCCUCACAAUUGCACCUCGCGUCUCUGUGGGCCUGAAUUUUAGGAUUUUGCACUGAACACCAGGCAUAUGAGUUUUGGAGGGGAAUAUAAAUUAAGCCUUAGUUUAGUUUCACGCUUAAUAAAAAUGAAUAUAUUUUCUUUUCGUUACAAUAGGUCAAAGUUUUAAUGGUCUCAUCUGUUUUUCCGUUGUAAAUAUGUUAUGGCUGAGGCUCACAAGAUUCAAAACACACCUACAUGAUAAGGUAAUCCGUAUGUAAUUACGGGUUAUGGCUCCUAAUUACUUUGUUCUGAAUCUAAAAAAAAAAAAAAAAAAGAUGACAAAGAAAUAAAGUAAAAAGGCAGUAGGUUUCACACAACAAAAGCCUCCGUGUGUCACAUGACCAUGCGCGUGGCCGUGAUUAACUCUGGUGUGCGUCUCUCUUUCUGUGGUCACACACGCUCAUCUUUCUGGAUUAAAGAUGAUCUUUUUAAAACAGUGAAACAAAGACUCGUUUGGAAAUCAAGGUAAAUGGUAAUAUUGUUUUUAUGUGCUGUUUACAUCACGCACUGCAUAAAAGAACAAGUUUUCUGAUUAAGUAGGCUGUAAGCAACACUUGAAUAAUAGUGUCGUAGUUUAAUGUUGUUUUGUUGGUUACCUGAAUUUAAAAUCGCUAAGCGAGUUUUUAUUAUUAUUAUUAUUUAGUUUCAUUUUACGUUAUAUGUUUUAAAUGUUUUGUUUUGCUACACCCAAGCUACUGUAACAGCGUUGUGUGUUUCCAUGGUGACUGUGCGUGGACGCGCAUGCUUGUCUUGCUCUGGAUUAUAUGACCCGGUUUAUAAACAUUUGAACUCUUGUGUGUGUGCGGUGCAUUUGAAAUUAAUUUUAAAAAGUAAUAAAUGUAAAAUAUUGAAAAUAAGUCUUACAGGACAGCAAACCCAUGUGAAUAGAUAGACUGAGGUAAUAAAGAUAAGAAUAUCAGAAAAAUACGCAGUAAAGUCUGCUAUAGAUUUCUGGGACAGUUACAUUUUUAUAUUUCCGAGAGGCAGUUAAUUUUGUUUAAAAGAUAAAUGCUCCUCUUCCUUUUAUCAUAGUUAUGCAUCUUUCCAACCAGUUUUUGUUAUAGAAUAAUGGUCAAGGUCUCAGGCUUUUGAUACUGGUGCACUUCCCUAUGGAUCAAUGUCUGGAAUGGAGCUCCAGCAGGACAAAAGUGAGCAUGUCCACAUGAGCAGUAGCUUCAGGAGACGGACAAGUGCUGAGAUAGUGUCAGAGGCUCGUCGCUCUCUCAGAACUCUUGCCACACAGAGACCUUUCACACCUCAGGAGAAGCAUAGGCAGCUCUUUGGAGAAUCAUCUUCUCGUGCACAUGAUGGACGACCACCAUCUGCAUUCAGCCUUCAUGGCCAACAUUUUGAAGUUCCUGACUCCAGGCCCGGCUCUGGAACUCGUCUCAGCCCACUGGAACAUAAACCCAGGCUGUCUGUGUCCCUGGAUAAGGAUGGCUGUGACGAUGAAGCAACUCUCCCAAAACCCCCAGCUGAACGAGGGAAUACCAGGAUAGGAUCAGGAGGCUCUCGUGCCAGACUGCUUCGAGCAGCAUCCAUCAACAGACUUCCACCCAUGACGCCACACAUAAAGAAUAUGUCUCUAGAGGCAAGAAUCGGAGUAGACCAACCAGAUGACAGAGAAAAGCUACAUUGUGCUGAAGUUACAGAGCAUAAAACAAAAUCAUCCUCAGAAACUGACCUGCACACACUUAUCAAACACAGCAGGAUACCGCAAACUGAUGUAUCCAGUGAAAAAGAGUUGAAACCAGAAAUCAGGCUUGGGUAUGGAGACACCAGUGAUGACAACAUGGAUGAAUCUGUGUUCUGGAACACUAAGGUCCUUCCUGUCCUUCAAGAAUUUGAAUCCUUUGCACCAGGUGAUGGCGUGUCAGAUGAGAUUGUGGGACAGCUGUGUAACUCAUGCAAUGGUCUCCAUGACGCCCUAGCUGAGAGAGGCAUGCUGGGGAGGCAGUGUAAAAAGAGGUCCGCCAUCCUUAGAACACUCUUCAGACUUAUAGAUGUGGGAUCCGACCGACUUAAUCUAACAUUAUCCAAAUUUAUUCUGGCACUCAAUGUAAGUGGAAACAACUUGCUGAACAUCUGCAAACUUGUCUUCAAAAUCAGCCGGAACGCUAGUAAUGACGCCCUGUUCCACACCGACUCCAUCCUAGACUCCCUUCUGUCUCUGCUACAGUGUGAGGAUGUGUGGAGUAAAGGUGAGGCCGUGCUGUACUGUGUCGGCUCACUGAAGCUCCUCUCAGGAAACAGUGCCAUCUCCAGGCUGCUGCUGGCUAAAGGCUUCAUCGGCAUACUGCUGCAGCUGUCAAAGAGACUGAUGCAUGAUCCAUCUACAACUUCAGCUAAUGCAACUGCUCAGAGGUCGGAGGGAGAAGGCCAGCGCAUCAUCGCAGGACACAUACUGGUACAGGUCACAGCAGCUUUGAGAAAUAUAGCUGACCAGUCUGAGUCUCGGCCUUCCUUCCUGUCCAACAAGGCAUUCUUUACUCUUUGCUUGAUUCUGGAGAACCAUCGUAAUGACCUCGACAUCUGCAUUAAUGUGGCCCGAAUAUUCAGCAAGCUGUCCACCUACACUGAAUGCUGUCAUGCACUAGCUGAGACGCCACGCUGCUGCAGCCUAUUUUUGGACCUUCUAGGCAAACACAGCAGGAAACAGGAUCUUGUAGUGCGUCUCUUGUUCACACUAGGAAAUCUGACAGCCAAGAGCACUGAAGCCAGAGAGAGUAUUUAUGAAGAGGAAGGAGGGAUAGAUGUCCUCUUAGAUCUUUUCCAGGCCUACCAGGAAACGCUGUCGCCACCUGAGCAAUGUCAUGCCCCUGAGAGAGAGGACGUCCUGGUCAAACUGAUCAGACUGCUGGCCAACCUGGCCAUCCAUCCCACCGUGGGCACGGCAUUAGCUGCCAACACAUUGUGUGUGCAGCUGCUACUGGAACUACUGGAGUGUAGGUGUGUGAAGAAGAGUGAAGAGUUAGUGAUUAAUGCUGUGGCCACCAUCAACAACCUGUCUUUCUACCAGGGUGAAAGCUCAGUGGUCCGUUCCCAGCACACACACAUCUCACAGUUGCUACUAAAGCUCUUGCUGGGCUCCAAUAUGGAUGCUGUUUUGGAGGCCAUACGUGUUUUUGGAAAUCUGUCACAGAUCAAAGACGUGAGACACUUCAUCAUGCAGCACAAAGUGGAGCAGUUUGUGGUAACCCUUCUGGACUCCAAGACCCCUGAUGUGUGUUUCUCUGCAUGUGGAGUUCUCAUCAACUUAUCUGCAGACCCAGACAACAGGGCCGUACUGAGGGUCGAGGGAACCGUUCAGAAGCUUAUUGACUGUCUGCGUGAUUUCGGGCCUCAGGACUGGCAUCUGGCCGCUGUGGUGUGUCAGACUCUGUGGAACUGUUCUUUAGAUGGAGAGCUGCAACACUCUCAAAAGCUUCUGGAUAUCUUAUGGCUGUACACAGAUAGAGGAGCUUUGCAAUGGCCUUCUGAUGAUGGAGUCAGACAGGUUCAGGAAGCAUGCUGGGAGCUGCUCUUUUUGCCUGUUGCUGAGAGGCUAAGACAACGUUUUCAUAUUGAAGGCACUACUGGGAUCAUUCAGUAAACUCCACUGAUACACACCUUCUCUCCAGCCUUCACACGCUUGUGUCUGUAUAUGUACACAUACAGAGGAGUGAGCCAGUGUGUAUAUUGCACUUUCAAACAAUAUCCUAUUUAAAGUUGUGAACAUACUUGUUGUGAAUGGUAAUAAGGAAUUUGUCAAUUACGACCAACAAAUUUUUUUUAAAUAAUAAAAUACUGUUCAGAUGUUUAUUAUUCAACCUGAUGCUGCUGUAUUUACAGUAGUCAAGAUAGACUAGACUGACACAAUUCAUGCUUUCUCCUAUGUGAAGGCCACUCUGAUGUACAUGCAAAAAUCACUCAUGAGCAUCUCAGUGAUCUCAAAGACUUUAUUAAACACACUUCCAGAAAAGUCUGUAAAGAACACAGAAUAGAAACAUUGUCAUACUUUCUUAAUACAAUCACAUAAAAAAAAAAGAUAUAAUAUGGCACUGGCUUCCCUCCUCUUACCCCGAUGGUUACACUUCACAGCUACAGUCUAUACAUUAAUAUCAAGUUUACACAGCUGCCCUAGAGGUGACAUGCUUAAAUUCCAAUGACCAAAACAUGAUUUUGUGUAUUUUAUUGUGAUUUUUACUUUUUCCUCUCAAUCUUCAGUGUGCAAAGUCUGAAGCAAUUGAACUCCUGCACAGUCUCUAAGGGACUUUUUCAGAAAAGAGCAGGAUAUUUUAUGGUUUGCCUGACUUCUCACAUUAUUUUAAAAUGAGCAACAACUACCCCUAUGGUGAUUUCCAUAUAAUGAUCCUUUACUGGCAUUGCAUGCAUGGCCAUCAGCCUCACAACCACAGAUAAAACAGGGAAAUUGCCAGCGACAAAAGGGAAAAUUUCAUUAUUUAUGCAAACAGGGAUUGUUCUCAGGUCAACAAUGUUACUUCCUUUAAUCCUCGCUGUGAGAAGACGAAUUGCCGCCUUCAACAUUGUGUGUUUAAAUCAUUAGUGCACAGCAGGAGAUGCUUUUCUAUAGGCCUAGUGUCUCUGUGGUGAUGUAUUGUGUUGCUACAAGGCUCUUUAGAGAGGAGUGGAUGUUUAUAGACAUGAAAACAUUGAUUAUGUGACCUAAAAGCUACAUAAAUUAUAUUUUUAAAAGUGUGUUAUUCUUAAUAAGCACAAAAAUAGGAAUAAGAAGUCUCAAUUCUUGUGGUACGAGGUGUUUAGACUGCUCAAAUCUUUUUUGUUGCAAUUAAUACUGAAUAACAAUGUUUGUUUGUCUUAAUGUGACUUUCUGGGAAGAAAAAAAAAAGUUUGAUUAAAUUACAAAUGAUACAACCAGUGAAAUACCAUGUUUUAUUUUUUUAAUCAAAUAUUUUCUUAUAAAAGUGUCAGUAACUGACAUCAGUCUCUCCAAUCUGACUUAAAACAUCCUCAUAUCCAUUUCCAAAGGAAAAAGUACCAUCCCUCUAGUCCUGCCAUCAUCAGAAUGCAGUACUUAACUGGUUUUAGUAAACAAAACAAAAAAAAGACAGCAGAGAAUCCACCCCGCUUGAAAAGAAAACACACACACACACACACACACACUCGAAACAAAACUGCUUAGUUACACUGGUUAAAGUUCUGAGAAUGAGAACAAGCAUCGUUUAAUCCCACAACCGUGAGGUUGUGCGGGUUGCCUGGUUCUUAGCUUCUAGGUCUGUACAGAUUGUAGCCCACGACAGGCAGCCACGUAAGACAAAGUUCUGCUCACCAGACAGCACUUAGAUAUUUAAGGAUACAUAACAGGAGGUAUUUAGUUAUAAUAAACCUCAAAAUAAAAACAACAAAAAGCUUGAGGAGUUAAGAUGACCGUGCAUUAAAAGGAAGACAGAUAAGGCGGAUGGUUCAGAGCAACAGGAAGCAUGUCACAAAAGGAAGACCUUUUCACUUUAAAAGUCACUAACACAAAUAAAAAAAGAUAAGAAAACAGUCAUUGAAACAAAAUGGCUACAUAACAGCUGAAGCUUAAAUUUUUUUUAAAAAGUGCUUUGAUAUUGUUAAUGCAUGGAAACCCAAAAAGAGCCAAUGGAUUUUUUUCCUAUCCCCCCACCCCCCCCCCCCCCACAUUCACACAUUGAAAAUGUCACAAAAAGACAAAGUGGUGUCUUACAGUAAACUCUAACAAGGGCUCAGGCAGCUAUUACUUUUGAAUUGCGCUCUCACACUCACACUAACACAAUCGUUCCUGGAUUAGCUUAUACAAAUGGGUGAUGGUUUGGGUGUCUUGAGGCCUCUCAUUUGAGAAAAGCAGCAUGAACAGACGGCACCUCAGCAUCUGUUGCCAGUGCUGCGCAUGACUAGGCACGCGUUUAUGCAAAAUCAGUAAUGCUUCUAUCUCUAGCCACUGCUGAAAAAAAAAUAAAAACAAUAUAAAACGAUAUGGGAAAAGAAAAAAAAACACUAGUAGAUAGGCAUGGUAGUGCAGUCUAUCUGCACCGGUGCUGGAGUUGCUAUUUGUGUUUUUUUUUUUGUUUUGUUUUUUUUUAA